AGGAUUGAGAUACCUACCGUGCUGUUCAGUAUAUCGGGCCGGUCAACAACGUAUCAAGAAGAUUCUCAUACAAGACAAUCAAGACUUUUAUUUCAGCAAUUUUAUUUCAGCAUUAUAAUAUAUUUCGACGCUACAUAUUGUUUUUGCAACAUAACCGUGAGUCAACAAUUUAUAUUACUCCGGUCAAGAACAUCGUCGCAUCAUUUUAUUCAAGAUUUUCAUUCAAGACAGCAAAAAUAUUUUCAAGAUUUCGCGCCGUUUUCGCUUCAAGAAACAAACGAAGAUCGGCAUACGUCACACGGAACGGAACAAAACGGUUUGACAAAUAUACUUCACGAACCUAGAAACCGCGCCAAAAGCACGACUUCGCGCGCGAUCGUCCUUUUUUUUAUUUUUUACUUUUUUAUUUGUCUGUGGUUUCAUUCAUGACGCAUGCGCGUUUUGUUUGACGGACGUUGAUGCGUGUUAUCACUUGUUAUCUUGUAAACUUUACUUGUAAAAAGUUCAAAUAGUGUAAUUGUGCAGUGAAAUGGCGGAGAAAUCUCAUUCUACCAAGGGUUUAAAGGAGGCAGUGGCCUCGCGAGGUUACUUAAAAGAUCGUGAAAUAAGGCGUCGUGAACCCCGCAUAGAAAACCCGCCUCCGACCACUACAAUGACUUCUCCAGCCACUCCACUGAGCAAAAUUAAUUUGCCACCAAUAGAGCUUCCCACCUUCAGUGAUACAUAUACUGCUCGGGCAUACCAGCUCGAUAGAGACAUGGAGAAGGAGCCAACGCUGAACGACUUCCUGAGCUUCCUCGAUCAAAGAGCUCUGGCGCUGGAAAAUGCUGAGCCAGGGAAUGCUCAGUACCGGUCACCGAAUGCAAAGGUGGUAACACAUGUUACCAAGGAGGAGCAAGCCUGUGUAUACUAUCCUGCUGCCGACGGAGUUACCCAGCAGCAGUCGAGCGACGCCGCAUAGCGCGAGGCAACCCAGUCUCAUCAACACUAAGUUCGGGUAUAUUAUUGCAGGGAGUUUGCCACAAAGGAGUAUCAACAAAGUCUGUAACAAGGUAUCUUUAAAAUGUAUUACUUGUGAAGCUGAUGUUGAUAACACAUUAACUCAAUUUUGGAAGACUGAAAGUGUCCCACAAAUAUUUAAUGAAACAAAUUCAGAACAAGAACUGACUGAACAUAUUUUUCAAAAUACUGUGCAGUUAAAGGAUAAACAGUUUGAAGUGGCCUUGCCUUUGAAGCUGCCUAUCGGCGAUAUUAAUGAUACUUUAGGUGAAUCCUUUCAUUUUGCUUUAAAACGAUUUUUGAAUUUGGAGAAAAAAUUACAUAAUAAUCCCAAUCUUUUCUCCGAGUAUAAAAAGUUCAUUGAUGAAUAUAUAUCUCUAAACCAUGGCCAUUAUGUAGACAUUGAGCAGUAUGACUUGAAUAAAGAUGCGGUGUAUUUUUUACCCCAUCAUGCAGUAAUUAAAGAAGGUAACAAAACAACAAAAUUGC